AUGGCCUCUUCAACAUGGAACAUCCCCCACCCGGAGACCGGCUCCAAUACCUACGUUACGUACCAGCCGGGCGACAAGCUCAAAGCCGAAGGCAAAGACGAUCCAGCCGCAUUUGCUGCAGUGAUAGCCGAUCUCGCCCCCAAAGAAGUUUUUGAAGCCUUGCACGCACUCAUCGAUGACGCUGCCACCCCAGCUCACCCCUCUUGGAAGUCCAGAGGGAACAUCCCCAUCGCCCAAUUCCGAGCCCAAAAAAUGCAAACAUUCGCCAACCUCACGGAAUGGGUCGUCACCGAUGCAGUUCCUCCCGAGCAUCUCGAGCUAUGGGUUUUAGAACAGAACGAGGAGGGCUUGGAUCGAUCUUGCUCUGUGAAGUUCCCCCCAGGCGGGUUUAGAGUCGCCCCAAGCAAGCCUAGCAAAUCCGAACUGGCGCCCGGCCGUCUACUACCCCGAACCUCGACCAGCCUGCCGCGUCUGCUCGAAGCUGGAACCUUUGCGCUUGUGCAGCGGCUGCUCGUGCGUCAAGUAUUGCUCAACGGCUUGUCAGAAGGAGCACUGGGGACGCCACAAGAAAACCUGCCGUGCCGUCUCUACGUCGAAGCAGGAGAUGCAGGCGGAGGGCAAUAA